AUGCUCAUUCUCCUCCAUCUCGCCGUGCUUCCAGGGCCACUCAACCUGAUGUCUCCGGAUCCGCACAAGGAUCUACCACUGGAAAAGGCAUCCUUGGUGCAACUUUGCAAAAAUGAAUGGCUAGGGAGCGACACCACAGAGGACUUGGUUGAUCCAGUGCGACUGGCCUGA